AUGGCUAUCGCAACGCGCUCAGGCGUGAAUAGUCCCGUCAAGAAUCACUCGAAAGACACAUCUACCGCCGAAUCCAACACGCAAAGAGAGCCCUUGAGACAUUUCAUCCUACCUAGAGAUAUCAGCGACAGCUCACGAUUUCUACUCCUGUCACAUCCUCGAGACUCUACUGUGGAGCGUUUUCUCUUCUGCCCGGAAAGAGGCUUAUUUCAAUUUACGAAAGUCCAUACACCAUCGAUCGAUCCUCGGAGUCUUCUUUUCUCACCAGCCGGUUGCGAUGGACCAGACAGCGCAAAAACGCUGGACGACAACAACCGUGCCGAGCAGCCAGUGAGCAGAGGGUAUAUAAGUAAAAGCGCGGGAUUUUUUGUGGCCACUCCUUUCGAUCUGGCUUUUAUCCUACUGCCUCUGGUCAUGCCGGCAAAGGCACCUUCAGGCAAGAUGCUGUUUCAGCCCAUCGACGACAUUUUUGAGCAACACAUCCAAGGAGACAAGCAUUUGCGAUACAUAUAUACCCACGGACGAAGCAUGAUAGAAGAAGCCAUGUCAAGUUUCUGUGACACACUUGAGGCUGGGGACGAGCAGAUGUACAGACCCAACGAAGAGAAGACCCUACGGAUGAUAAUGCAGAAAGUCGACAAAACCAUGCAGAAGGGUUUGCCAGGCAGCCUGGAAGAGAAGUUUGUGACCAGAGCUUUGGAGACGCCUGUGAUGAGUGUAAAGAGAGAGGAUACGAUCAUGUCAACCGUUUCGAUAACGCCCACGAACUCGGGACUAGCAACACCGGAUGGCGAGUCGCCGUCUGAAAGCUUCGACUCACAGUCAACCGCUGCUAGUUCAGCGCCGUCCACAAUCCUGUCGGAGGUCUCUACGGCUAGCUCGGUCAGCACUGUCAUCCCUGAAGCCGUGCCACAAGCGCUACGCGAUCUAAAGAAACGCAAGACUGUACUCGAUUUCAUCUUGGCAUCGUAUUUGCCAGCUUCAUUGGCAGAUCGUCUGCGGAAGCGGGUACUCGAGAAAGAUUCGCCAGUCAAUUUCACGCCGCUGGAGGAGCAUCUCAGCUCUCUGGCGGAGAUGAGAGCGCAAGCGUUAGCUUCUAGGUCAAUUGGCGACUUCAGCAGGAAACGAGGACCUGAUGACGAAGAAAUCUCGGACUUGCGGGCCGAGAAGAAGAGGAAACAGGAGGAGGAAGACAAGAAGAAAAAUCUGGGCGAAUCGCGAGGCGUCCGGGACUUGAAGAAGGUGAAUGUGACUGGCAUGAAGAAGAUGAGCGACUUCUUUGCAAAGAAGCCAGUUGCGAAGGCCAAAGGAUGA